ACUGACACGUGGAUUUAACAUCACUUGUAGGAAAAGGAAGAGCUGGCACUCUCGCUGGGCUUGUCUCUAAGUUGUGCCUCAAGAUAUGUGUUUUUUGCCAUGUGAGUACUGUUCAGCUGUUCAAAGUUGAGCUGUUUGGAGGGGAUGCCACGGAAUCAUCUCAGGAGUAACGUUAAAGCUUUAUUUUCCCCUUUCGAAAAUUAUCUACGUUAACGUUACCGUUACCUGUGCUGAAUCUGGUCUGUUUGAGUGGGGGUCGCAUCGCAAACAGGAGUAUUUGUCAUUGAAUGGCAAUUCUACAAAAACAUGGAAAGAACUCUGGUCCAGACUUGGCAAGUCUUAAAGAAAACCCUGCCGACAAUUUCGGGGCAGCAGGAUGCCAAAAGAAGUGGGCAGAGUCCAGUUCACAUUGGUCGAGGCCGGUAGCCCGAGUAUGGACCGUGGUGCUUCUGUUGGGCACGUGCCUGCUCUACUGUGCCCGUGUGGCCAUGCCAAUAUGUGCGGUCACCAUGGCAGAAAAGUUCAAAUGGAGCAAAAGGGAGUCGGGCAUGGUGCUGGGCAGCUUCUUUUGGGGUUACUGCUUCACUCAGGUCAUCGGGGGCUACAUCAGUGAUAGGGUCGGCGGCGAGAAGGUCCUCCUGCUGUCGGCCGCUGCGUGGGGAGCCAUGACGGCCUUCACGCCGAUCCUGGCCCACUUCUGCUCGCAGCCCAUCGUCUCCAUGACCCUGGCUCGCUUCCUCAUGGGACUGCUCCAAGGUGUGCACUACCCCUCGCUGGCCAGUCUGUGCUCUCAGAAGGUGGUGGAGAGCGAGAGGGGCUUCCUCAUGAGCACCGUCGGCAGUGGCUCCUACCUGGGGACCCUGGUGAUUGGAGGGGCAGGUUCGCUCAUGUUGGAUCUGUAUGGCUGGGAGAGUGUGUUCUACGUCGCCGGCCUGCUCUCAGUCCUCUGGGCCUACUGCAUGUGGAAGUAUCUGCUGAAAGGAGAGGGUCCCAUCAUCACUCUGGAGUCCCUGGGUAGUCGAGGCCCACAGUCCAAACUGUCCCGGAGGAACUGGCUGCGACUUUUUAAACAGCCCUCAGUCUGUGCUGUCAUUGUCACACACCUCUGCACCGCCAGCACCUUCUUCACAAUGUUGUCAUGGCUGCCAACCUACUUCAAGGACACCUUCCCAGAUGCCAAGGGCUGGGUGUUUAAUGUGAUCCCAUGGUUUGUGGCCAUUCCCUCCUCGCUGUUCAGUGGCUGCCUUUCGGAUCACCUCAUUAGCCAAGGUUUUGACACAGCCUCAGUCAGGAAGCUGAUGCAGUUCUUCUCUAUGGGCGUCUCUAGUGUCUUCACGUUGUUCCUGUGCGGCACCACCACGUUCCCCACGGCCGUGGCCUUCGUCUCGGCCACCAUGGGCCUCACCACCUUCAGCCACAGCGGGGUGUCUGUGAACGUCCAGGACCUCGCCCCGUCCUGCGCAGGAGCUCUCUUUGGUGUCAUGAAUACCUGCGGUGCGUUUUCAGGGGUCAUCAUGGUGUACUUGGCGGGGUAUCUGAUCGAGGCCACAGGCUCCUGGGCAUCAGUCUUCAUGCUCAUCACAGUGGUCAACCUCCUGGGCCUCGCCAUCUUCCUGGCCUUCGCUGAGGCUAGGCGGGUGGACAUUGAUGUUACCAAGGCCCGCUACCACAACAUCCACAUAUGAGCUGAGGGACCAGGCAUGAUCCACGGGUAGGACCCCCCCACCACCACCACCACCACCACCACACCCCAACCCACUCCGCACCACCACCACAACCAGGGGGCUUUGACCAGGCUGCAUUCAGCCUCCUUGCGUUUGAGGGUGUGUUGAGGUCACAGUAGAGAACUCUGGGUGAUCAUGGGAACGAUGAGGGUUCCCCCUGUCACCAAGAGCGCUAGAUAAUAACACAAUAGCGCUGAAGGGAGGGACCGAUGAGCUGCUGUGGUAACGCUUCACAUACUGUAGUGUGUGGUUUUUUUUUGUUUACACACACACACACACACACACACACACACACACACACACACACUCACAUGAUUUAUUGUAAUUUUCAGAAAACAAAGACGAUGCAAAAUGUCAUUCUGUUUAAUCCUAGCUUUGCUGGGAGUGUUUGUUUAUGUUUUGUUCAGGCUUGUUUUUAAUUAAUAGAGCUCAGUCGCCGGGUAAAGUGGAGUCUAGGAAUGGGCCACCAAGUAGAGUCCCUUCAAAUUCAGCACUCAAUCACACAUCACACACACAUCAACACACACAUGCACAAACACACAUCUGAUACACAGCUCAUGUGGAAACAAACUACAUACUGUACACAAGUCUCCAGUUGCAGUUGCCCCGAGUUAAAGAGGAUCUGAUGCACUUAAGAACUUAAUCUAUAAAGCUUUACCAUCCACACACACACACACACACACACACAAUCAUGUUUAUUAAUUUAUACAUUAGAAAGUAAAUAGCAUUUGAACAUUAACAAAUUCUGUUAAUAAUCAUUAUAUCAUUAACAUAUCUGUGAACUGAAUCACCUUAUUUUCUUUCUGACAUUGUUCUUAUGAGUCAUUUCUAUCAUCAUAUCUAGCGGAUAGUCAUCAGAAGUGAUUACAAUUGCAUGAUAUUCACAAAUACCUCAAUUAUAUAAUUGUUUGAGUUACUUUAAAUUAUUUUGCAAUGCAAGAGAAAGUUUGUCUUGGACAGCAAAGUCUGCACAUUCAUAUUUAUGUCAGUCAAAGUUAUGUAAAAACUGUUUACAAAGUGCACAAUUACAAGAGGGUUGUCAUGUUUAGAUGUGAAACUAUGAGGCCUGAUUUCACCCUGGCUGCCUCUGUCUGGUACUGUCUUGUCAACAAAGAAAGCUCACAGUUGUAAUGGGCUUUAACUCUGGUUAAAGCAGACCAAAUAACAGUUCAGUUGUCAGCCACUUUAUGAAACACACAUGAGCAUUGCCUGUCAUUAGACAUCUGGUAGUUUGCCGGCCAGCCUAUGAGUUUUCCUCUGUCAGAGAGGUAACAUGGUGGUAGUUUGUAAGCAGUGGAGGUGGGUAGGAGGUUGGGGGAUGUUCGAGCAGUGAGAUGAAGAUCAAGCGAUUUGGAAUGUAGCUUCACACCAAAGUCUGAAGUGGAUGGCUGGCUUGAUUUAGGUGAAUGGGGUUGAGGGCCCAGCUUAUGCAAUGCAGUCAUUGUGGAUGUGUCCAGGGGUGGGAUGGUCGAGUUAUAGAAAAGCUUGCAGAUCCUGUCCGUUUAAUAAUGGUUUAUCCAGUUGCGUCCGGGGUUUGGCUUAAUUAACCUGGUUAACAUAGAGGAUGGUACGUUCUGUUGUUGAGUUGUUAUUGUUAUGACCAAAAUAUAUGUGCUCAAGUCAAUGUAUUUGCCAAUGUAUUUAUUUUCUAAUUAAGGUUGGAGAGGGGUGGUAUUAUUUAUGGCAAAAUCCAAAGCAAUCAAUCAAGUGCUCACUAGCACUCACGUGAUGGGAGAUUCCAGGCCAGUUUAUUAUAUGGUUGAAUGUUCUGUUUUGACCAAUAUCAAUAUCGUUGUCUUUGUGUCCCUUAAAGCCUGUUGUUCAGUUGUGUAACAUUUUACAGUAUGUGUGGAUUAUUUCUUGGGGCACAUACCCAGUGCAACCAGAGCGGUCUUAGCCCUUGAAUGUUUGAAGAAAUAUUGUAAAGCAAAUACAACUGACCAAAGAGUUGGAAAACAAAGAGGGUGUGGUUACUGAUUCGCUUAAUUACUAGUUACAUAUUGUGGCUUUUGCCAAACUUUUUCUGAGACAAACCUUAGUCUCUGUAUACACAUCCCAGUGUAACAGUGGAAAGGGGCAAAACAAAGAUGGUCUAUAAACUAUAACCUCUGUUGUGAACUGAAAUCCUAGCUCCUUAUCUUUUAUCAAGAUUGUGGGGAGCAGUGUUGCAUGAUCCACAUAAAAGGGUGCCCUGCUACCAUUUUGUGAAGGCUAUGCCAGCUUUGGCAUUUUAAAUGAAUGGGUAAGGGUUACAGAGCCUUAAAAAGACACUGGAUUGCACCUCAUCAAAUACCGCUUCCAGAGCACACAGAUUUCACUUUCUUUUCUGAUACACUUCUUGCAUUCUGUCUCACUUUGAAAUGUUCCAUUAUAUUUCUGCAGGUGUUGGUGCUUUGAUUUUGUGUCAGGCAAAUUGGUCAUGUGCACUUUUUGUUACUCUAAAAGUCAGCUAAAGGUCACUUUGUUUUACCAUAGUGUUGAGGUGAGGGUGAGGCAAUAAUGCAAAAGAGAACUCCUUCAGAAGUCACUAGAAGAACUGUAAGGGUGCGUUUCAUGACUCCACCCACAGUAGUACUAUACUCACUGAUGUGCGCACACAUGGUAGACUGUGCUGUCUUUAUAGAAUUCUAUAUAGAUUACAUGUAAAUGUAUAUGUUCAUCUAUGAAUAGUGCUGAAAUAUAGGGUGCUAUUUAAAGUGUUUUAGACUUAGAAUAAACCACCUGUGCUGUUCUACACAUAAACCUAAUGACCGAUGGAAAAUAGAAAUACUCUUGACCAGUACUUUGUAUAAUCAUUUUCACAUCUACAGAACUGCUGUUUUCUGACCAUUUGGAUGUUCCUGUUUUGCCAUAUGGGAUUGUUUCGUUUCUUUUCUUUUUACCGGAGAAUUUGUUUUUGCUUAAUAUUAUUAUUAUUAUUAUUAUUAUUAUUAUUAUUAUUAUUAUUAUUAUUGUGUUUUUUUUUUAUUUGAUUUAUAGACAUUCCAUAUUAUGUGGAUACUUGUGAAAUCGUAUGCCUAGUCUGAAGGCCUUCGACAUGCACUGUACCACAAUUUAAUGGCCAUUUUGCAGAGCCAAGUUGUUUAGUUAUGUAAAGAAUAAGUGCUUUUUUGGUGUAAAAAUAUUGUGAAUGUUAAGCAGAGUUAUUAUAAAGAUGUACAUAAAAAUAAAUGCAGUAUUUCAUUGCUUUGGAGAGAGAAAUAUGUAUUUGUAUACAUAUUUUGAAUUUUCAAUAAAUAACAUCUAUA